AUGGCCCUCACACAUUUCAAAAAAUUGGACGUACAGUCUAUGGAACGGUUGUACGAAGAGAAAGAGCGUAAAAGGAGGCAACGCGCAGAGCAGAAACGUCAACACGAGCGCGAAGAGCAGCAACAGCAACAGCAACAAAAACAAGCGCAACUCCCAUCAGCAGCGCUUGCAACAGUACUUGGACAAACCGUCGAAGUUCUAGGUGCGACAGAGGCCCAGACCACAAGC